CCCGCGCAUUCGCCGAGUUCUCCGACUGUGACGUGACCGCGAAAGUUUCCCCCGACUGCAUCCACCACCACCACCAGCUUGACAACACGCGUCAAGCCGUGCACCAUAGCGCUGGAUUGUGGACGCAGCGAAGCUGGUGAUACGUCUAUCUCGGUACUUGCCCGUUGUCAACGAUUCGAUCUGGCCUUGACCCGAUUGCGUCGCCGAGACUUUUUCUCUAACAGGAGGGGAAAAAAACGAACCGAGCUUGAAAAACAACAGAAACCUCAAGCCUUCCCCUCUCCAGCUGCAAAUGUCUGCACAUUACAAAAGCGAGCCGGCGGCAACCGCGUCCGCGACGCUUAAUACGACCGUCGGACCGAUUCACAUUGCCUUGUUCGCGAACCAGACCCCUCUGACGUGCAAGAACUUUCUUCAGCACUGCCGGGACAAUUACUAUGCCGGGACGAUCUUCCACCGGGUAGUGUCGGACUUCAUCAUCCAGGGAGGCGAUCCGACGGGGACAGGCUCCGGCGGCACCUCGAUCUACGAGUACCCGGAGUUCGAAUAUGACCCUGAGGCUCGCGACCCGAACGAGAAGGUGGUGCUGAAGGAUGAGCUGCACAGCCGGCUACGGUUCAAUCGACGUGGCCUGGUGGGAAUGGCCAAAGCUGAGGACGGGUCGUACGGGAGCCAGUUUUUCAUCACCCUGGCGAACACGGAGCGCGAGCUGAAUGGGCAGUGCACGCUCUUCGGGCGGCUGGAGGGCGACAGCAUCUUCAACGUGUUGAAGAUUGCCGAGGCGGAGCGCGUCGAGGGCAGCGACCGGCCGGUUUACCCGGUGAAAAUCACCUCGUGCGAGGUGGGCGAGCUGGGGCCCCUGGAAGGGAAACUGAAGGACCGACAGAUCACCGCGACGGCGGCGGCAACGACGACGACGACAGCGGACGAGAAAAAGAAGAAGAAGAAGGCAAAGAAGACGGGCAAGACACUGCUGAGCUUUGGAGAUGAGGGUGGUGAUGAUGAAGAAUUGCCUUUGCGGCCUACGAAACCCAAAUUCAACACGGCUCUUGUCACGGAAGUAGGCUCAGCAACAAGCCGUGCACAAGAACAACAACAGCCUAGAGAAGAGAAACCCAUACGGAAGCGACCACGCUCCCCGUCCCCCCAGCCGGAGAGGAAACACCGACCACGCAGCCCCGACAGGGCGAACCAACUCCCGCUUCCAGACCCGGAGUCCCCGCGUUCCCCAUCGCCAUCGCCAGAGAGCGAGACCGAGACCGGGACCGCCCCGGCGAAACAGACAAGACUGGAGCGCACCAACGCGCAGAUCGAGACUCUCAAGGCAUCGAUGCGCCGCACCGUCGCGCCCACAACCGAGGCCCCGCGCAAGAAGUCCGCCCUGGAAGCCAUGAUCCCCUCGACGGCGAUCCGGGGCCGCCGACGGCCCGCGCCGGGCUCUUCUUCUUCAAACGGAACCGCUUCCGGGCCCAGCGCAGCAGAGACAGAAGCGUUGAAGCUCUUCAACGCCUUCAAAGCCAAGCUGGGAGAAUCCACUUCCGAAUCCAGGCAUGGGGAGAGUGGUGAUAAAGAUCAAGAGAAAAGGAAAGAGGAAACACGACAAGAAGAAAGAAAAGAUGGAGAAGGAGAAGAAGAAGAAGAAGAGCAACUGUGUGACCUUCAUUUCAUCGCAAACUGUCAAUCCUGUCGAUCCUGGACCGACACAGCCGACAAAAACGAUCUCGACCCCGCGAGGUCAGACGAAUCGUGGCUUUCGCACACACUAGUCUUUGGCAAGGACCGGCUUGGCAAAGAUCUGAAUUGGAAACGCGAACAUGCCGACGCCGAGUCGUUGGUCGUUAUCGAUCCAAGGGAUAAGGAGAGAGAGCUUACCUCUGGAAGAGGGAAAAAGAGGGGGAUGGAGAGGGAUCGCGAACGAGAGAGAAAGAGGGAACGCGCUGGGGAAUUGGAGUGGAGGAGAUCUUGACAACAUCCUCGUUCACUUUGACUAGACAGGUCUUAAUUAUAAGUCGAGGCUACAUACACUACAAGUCUAUAAGUUACUACAGCUGCAAUCCUAUACGAUUAUGCAUCAUCAAAUACUAAUAACUAACCAU